UUAUUGGAUUCUUGCAUCAUGUCAAAUGUGGAUGAUAAGGUGAUCCCUGUGCGGGUCGCCUUGCGUUGUCGCCCCUUGGUACCCAAAGAAAUCAACGAAGGAUGUCAGGGCUGUCUCACGUUUGUGCCUGGGGAGCAACAGGUGAUCGUUGGCACAGAAAAAGCUUUCACCUAUGAUUAUGUGUUUGAUCCUACUGUGGAACAAGAGGAAGUCUUCACUGCAGCUGUGGCCUCCUUAUUAAAUGGUCUUUUCAAAGGCUAUCAUGCCACAGUUUUUGCAUACGGACAGACGGGUUCAGGGAAGACCUUCUCCAUGGGAGGAACGUACACAUCAGCUCAAGAAAAUGAUCCUUCAGUGGGAGUAAUUCCAAGAGUCAUCCAAAGGAUCUUUGAGGAGAAGGAGAAGAGGUCUAACUGUGAAUUCCACCUGGCAGUGUCUUACCUGGAGAUCUAUAAUGAAGAUAUAUUGGACCUGCUGUGUGUAUCUAAAGACAAACCCUCCAUCAGCAUUAGAGAGGACCCUAAAGAAGGCAUCAAGAUUGUGGGUUUAACAGAGCGGCAGGUUUUCUCCGCCGAAGAGAUGGUCCGGUGUCUGGAGCUCGGAAACUCCGCUCGCACUGUUGGAUCUACGGCGAUGAACGCCGCUUCCUCUCGCUCACAUGCCAUCUUCACCAUCACGCUGGAGCAGCGCAGAGGGACAGACAAAGCUGACUCAAUUGUUUCAAAAUUGCACCUUGUGGAUCUGGCUGGUUCAGAAAGGCAGAAGAAAACCAAAGCAGAGGGAGAUCGUCUCAAAGAAGGCAUCAGCAUCAAUCGCGGCCUUUUAUGUCUGGGUAAUGUGAUCAGCGCCUUGGGGGAUGAAAGCAAGAAAAACACCUUUGUUCCCUACAGAGACUCCAAGCUCACCCGCCUGCUACAAGAUUCUUUGGGAGGAAACAGCCACACUCUGAUGAUUGCCUGCGUCAGUCCUGCAGACUCAAACAUGGAGGAGACCAUCAACACGCUGCGAUACGCCGACAGAGCUCGCAAGAUUAAAAACAAACCAAUAGUCAAUGUUGACCCCAGAGCAGCAGAGAUGAACCGACUGAAACAACAGGUUCAGGAGCUGCAGGUGAUGCUGCUUCAUGCUCGUGGAGGAGUCGCUCCGGUGCUCUCUGGGCCAGAGUCAACGGAGAAAGUGACUAAGCUGUUGGAAAGGAACCGCGCUCUGCAGGACGAGAACAAUAAGCUGAGCCGAGAGCUGAGCGAAGCGGCGGGACAGACGGCCUUCAUGUUUGAGAGGAUCAUUAUGACGGAACAAGCAAAUGAGAAACUACAGAGCAAAAUGGAACAACUGCGGCACCACGCGGCCUGUACAGUGGAUCUGGAGAAAGUGCUGGAGACAUUGGAAGACCAGGAGUUAAAGGAGAAUGUUGAGGUGAUGAGGAGCCUGCAGGAUGUCAUCCUGGAGCUCAAGAAUGAGAGCGCAGGAAUCGCUGCUUCCAUUGAUGCUAUGGCUGCGGGCGAGGAUGCACCUGAUGUGUCUGGGAAUGGCAGUAAAAAUUCAGAAGAUGGGUCCCCAUCGGAUGUCACAGCCAUGGGUGAUAAGGACUCCCCAGAAGCCUUCACGACCCAUCAUGCACUGCGGCAGGCCCAGCUCUCCAAGGAGCUGAUUGAGCUGAACAAAGUGCUGAGCCUGAAGGAAGCUUUUGUUAGGAAAAUGUGUGAGAAUGACACCCAGCUGGAGCCCAUGCAGUCAGAGCACCAGAAAAAUGUGAACAGUCUCCAGUCUGCAGUGGAUUCGCUGCAGAAGGAGAAAGAAGAUCUUGUUUUUGCACUUCAGUCAGCAAAAAAAGACACCAACCAUGCAAAGCUCAGUGAGCAGCGCAGGAAGAGGCUGCAGGAGCUGGAGGGUCAGCUUGGAGACAUGAAGAAGAAACUUCUUGAGCAGUCCAAACUGCUGAAACUCAAAGAGUCCUCCGUCCAGAAAGUUAGCAAGCUGGUGCAUGAAAUCCAGGCGAUGAAGACACAGCGCACACAGCUGAUGAGGCAGAUGAGGGAUGACUCUGAGAAGUUCAGAAACUGGAAGAGCAAGAAGGACCGGGAGGUGCUGCAGCUGAAGGAGAAGGAUCGUAAACGCCAGUAUGAGCUGCUUAAACUAGAGAGGGAUUUCCAGAAACAGGCCAACGUUCUGCGUCGUAAAACUGAGGAGGCUGCAGCUGCAAACAAGCGACUGAAAGAUGCCCUACAGAAGAGAAGCGAGGUAGCAGAUAAACGCAAAGAUGUCCACAGUAGAGGAAUGGAGGGAGCUGCUGCAAGAGUUAAGACGUGGCUUCUCAAUGAAGUGGAGGUGUUGGUCAGCACAGAGGAGGCCAGGCGUCACCUUAAUGAUCUGCUGGACGACAGAAAGGUUUUAGCUCAGGAGAUCAACCACCUCAAACAGCAGAUGGAGGCAGGAGAGCGACCUGCUGCCAAAAUCAGGCGCCGGACACUGAUCAUCUCUGAGCUGGAGAGCCAGGGGGCGCUAGAGACACCUCUGACCAAACAGGUGGAGAACCUGGAGACAGAGAUGAGCCUCAGGAAUGCCCAGAUAGCCGACCUGCAGCAGAAGGUUCUUGUCGCAGAGGGCGAGGGCCGUUUGAAGCAGCGUAUAGACGCCAUCACAAGCAUAGUGGAUGCAAAGUGUGCCUUAAGGCUCCUCAUGUCUGAGCAUGUGUCUGCCAAAACAGCCAACUCAAAGCUGGAGAGCGAGUUGACACAGGAGAAAGGGAACUUACAAGAUUUAAGAAAGAUGCUGGCUGAUGAGAGAACUGUGAUGUCCACCAUGGACAUGGAGCAUCAGCAGCAGCUGGUGGAGCUGGAGCAGAGGCAUCAAGAGAAGGUCCUUUACCUGCUCAACCAGCUACAGAGCAAACCCAUCUGUGAAGAGUCGCACGAGUCAAAGAAAGAAGAGGAGAGUUCUAAAGAGAAGGAGCUGCUGCAGCGCCUCAAACUUCAGGAAGAGGAGCUUGAAAAGCUGCGGGAAUUAAGUGAGCAGAAUCAGAAACUGCUGGAGCAGAAUGAGCAGUACAGACAGAAACUCUCAUUGCUCCAGCUGGCCAGUGGACAAAAAAUAAUUUUGCCUCCCGUCAAUGAAAAUAACCAAGAUGACUCUUUUGAUUAUGUUCCUCCAAAGCCUAAAGUGAAGCGAGUCACCACAGCUAAAGCCCCUCUGAAUAAGGCCAUCAACGUUGAGGAGCUGAUGUCUCACAGUGAGGAUGAGAAUGACGACGAAGCUGAUGUGUGGCGUCCUGAGAAACCCGAGAAAGGACGCAGAGUUACAAGGAAACCAAAAGCGACAGGGUGUGCAUGUAAAGGACGCUGCAGCAACAGGCAGUGCAGAUGUCGCAAAGGAAAGAUGACGUGUGGAGAGAACUGCCAGUGUGAUCAUGACAAAUGUCGAAACAUGGAUAACUCGGGGCCUGCUGAGGACGCAAGUCAGGCAGAGAGUGUUUCCAGAGAGUCUGUGUCUCUUCAGGACACUACAACCAUGAGCCCUGAAAACGCCACCUUCUUCAAGCCACCAUCUUGUACACCCACCAAAAAGGUGCUGAAAGAAAUUGGAGACAUGGGACAUGGCUCUGCAGACCUGAAGUUGGCCAGGAAGCCCGAUUUCACAGAGGAAGAGGAGGAGGAGGAAUACGAUGAGGACAGGACGACAGUCAGCUUCCUCAAGAAGAAGAAGAGAAUCCUGACUAGUUUUCAGAACAGUUUUUUCUCCGGGUGCACUCCGAUCAGAGAGGAGUCUUAGUCAGGACUGAGAGUAGACUUGAAUGUUUUGUCCAUGUCUCUUUUAUACGUGAUCAAACGUUUGUGCACUGUAACUUGAAAGUAACUGUUGAUUCUAAUGUGCUUUGUUUUCAGGGGAGGGGUAAGAUAGGGACUGUGAAUAGUAUUACAUUUUUUACUGGAAGUCACAAUGAGAUGAUCAGGAAGCAUGUACAUAGUGUUUUAGUUUAAUGUAGCUUGUGAUUUUUCCCCCAUAAAGUAAGACUCAAUUUACUUUGAUUCUGUUAAAUCCUUUUCUCAUCUGCAGCCAGAAAUUAAACAUCACCAUUUUUAAACCCACCAUUGUAACCUGGGGAUUAACCUUUUGGUAUUUCAAUGUGUUUUUAAUGUCAGAGUUGAAUAAAGUCUUACAGUCAAAUCUGGUUUUUAAAGCACAAACAAAAAAUCCCAGUGUGGUUACUUGAUCAAAAAUAAUUUAUUUGAUUCAUUAGUUUAAUGGCUCAUGUUUUAAUCUGACUCACU